UAAAUGCAGGUAUUAUUGAAGCUGCGAGGGGAAGGAAGGCCGUCUCCUCACCUCCCUUCCUCUCCUGUCCUCAUGUAUAACGAAGGGCCGCAUCUCCAGCUCUGACCCCGUUCGCCUCCUUCUCCUCCGAGCUCCUUCUCCACAGCAAGAGAGGCACAAAGGAGGAGGGCCGCUGCCUGCGUGCGUGGAACAAGAAAUAUAAAUAGAUGGUGAGGGAAGGAGGAGAAGAGGGGGUGCGAGUGCUCGGGAAGUACGAGCUAGGGAGGACGCUGGGCGAGGGCAACUUCGGCAAGGUGAGGUACGCCAGGCACGUCGACUCCGGGCUGGCCUUCGCCGUCAAGAUCCUCGACCGCAAGCGCAUCCAGUCGCUCAAGAUCGACGACCAGAUCAAGAGGGAGAUCGGCACGUUGAAGCUGUUGAAGCACCCCAACGUCGUCCGGUUACAUGAGGUAUCAGCUAGCAAAACCAAGAUUUACAUGGUCCUCGAAUACGUGAACGGCGGCGAACUGUUCGACAAAAUUGCAUCAAAAGGUAAGCUUUCAGAAGGCGAAGGAAGGAAGCUCUUCCAGCAGUUGAUCGAUGGUGUUAGCCAUUGUCAUGAUAAGGGAGUCUACCACAGAGAUCUGAAGCCGGAAAAUGUGCUUGUGGAUGCAAAAGGAAACAUAAAGAUAUCUGAUUUCGGCCUCAGUGCUCUACCUCAGCAUCUCGGGAAUGAUGGAUUGCUACACACAACAUGUGGAAGCCCCAAUUACAUUGCUCCUGAGGUUCUCUGCAACCGAGGUUACGACGGUGCAAGGUCGGAUAUCUGGUCCUGCGGUGUCAUUCUGUACGUGAUUCUUACAGGGUGUCUUCCUUUCGAUGACAGAAACUUCGCUGUUCUUUGCCAGAAGAUCUGUAGGGGAGAUACUAAGAUCCCCAGGUGGCUCUCUCCUGGAGCUCAAAACAUGUUGAGGAGAAUUCUUGAUCCAAAUCCUGUAACCCGGAUCAAUGUGGCUGGAAUCAGAGCAGAUGACUGGUUCAAGAAAGACUAUUCUCCGGCUGUCCCAUUCGACUACGACGAUAACGAUGAUUCGAGCCUAUAUGGCUAUCUUCCGAUUAAGGAGCAUAAUGUGUUGGAUGGAAAUGGCACUUCACCUGUCAAUGCAUUUCAGCUGAUUGGAAUGUCUGCAUCUCUUGAUCUUUCUGGCUUCUUUGAGAACGAGGAUGUUUCCGAAAGGAAAAUUAGGUUCACCUCGACGCAUUCGCCAAAAGAUUUGUCAGACAAGAUUGUGGACAUUGUCACAGAAAUGGGGUUGGAGGCUCAGAAGGGACAUGGCAAAUUGAAAGUAGGAACAAAGUCCAAGGAUUCAAAGAGUUCACUCUCUGCUGCUGCAGAGAUCUUGAAGCUCAGCCCAUCUCUGCAUGUUGUGGAACUGAGAAGAUUGCAUGGUGAUUCUUCCUUGUAUAGAAAGAUGUGUGCUAAGCUAUCGGAAGAGCUGGGAGACGACUCUUGUUGAAUUGUGGCACGGCAUUAGGUGUAGGAAUGAGGUACAAUGGGAAUAAAGGUGAAGUAAUGUAUAAUUGGAAUAAGGUUAAGUGUUGUACAUAACGAGCAUCCUUGGGAAAGAGCUGUUAAGCUCAUGUCGACGGGUUUUCCUGUUGAUUUGGACCCCUUCUUGCAAUGCCACAAAUAUAAAUCAUUUGAAUGGAAAUGAGAAGCUUCAGUUUCAUUCAACUAGCACAGAAUUCAAAGUG